AAAAAGGCGCAGGAGGCGGCAGAGCCGGAGGGAGGGAGGCAGGCCUAGGCCUAGGUCUGCUUUGCCUUGCCCAGCCCGCGCGCGGUGUAUUGUGGGGCGCCGCGGCAGGAGGCAGCAGUGGUGGGCGGAGGGGCGGCCGCCGCGGCGGGACCAGGCCCUGGAGCCCCUGGCGUCGGCGGGGCCCCGGCGCUCUUCGGGAUCUCCCCCCCGGUCUCCUCCUCCUGCAGCGCAGCCAUGGGAGACUCUGGACGGGCCGGAGCAGAAGAGGCCAUGUGAGGAGGAGGAGGAGGACCCUUUUGUCUGGCUGUCUGUUGCCCCAAUCCCUCUUUGCAGUGGGGCUGAAGAAGAGCAUGGUUGCAGGAGUCCGGACAGCUCUUCCCUCAGCUCAUCUCCCCCCUUGCGGGGCACUGGAGCAUCCCCCCUGCCUGAGCCUUCGGCCCCCCUGCACCCCUCCAUGAUUGGGUCUGCCAUGACCACCUCCAUCAGCGGGCUGGGGUCUCCCUUCCCUGUCAUCAGCUCCUCCAUGGGGUCCCCAGGCUUUCCAGCGACCCCCUCCAUCGGCUAUGGGCCAGUCAGCAGCCCCCAGAUCAACUCCACGGUGAACCUGUCCGGCCUCCACUCGGUCAGCAGCUCGGACGACGUGAAGCCCCCGCUGGGCAUGAGGGUGGUGCCAGGCCACCCCCACGGCAGCAUGAUGCCCGGGAAGCGGCUCUGUGCCAUCUGCGGAGACCGGUCUUCAGGGAAGCAUUAUGGGGUGUACAGCUGCGAGGGCUGCAAGGGCUUCUUCAAGCGCACCAUCCGGAAAGACCUCAGCUACACCUGCCGCGACAACAAGGACUGCACCGUGGACAAGCGCCAGCGCAACCGCUGUCAGUACUGCCGCUACCAGAAAUGCCUGGCCACCGGCAUGAAGCGCGAAGCCGUGCAGGAGGAGCGUCAGCGUGGGAAGGACAAGGAAGGGGAGGGGGAGUUGGCUGGGGGAGGUGCCAACGAGGACAUGCCCGUGGAGAAGAUCCUGGAGGCGGAGCUCGCGGUGGAGCAAAAGUCGGAGCAGAGUGUCGACGGAUCGAGCCCGGGGGCCAGUUCGGUGAGUUGGGGCGGUGGUGGUGCUGCUGCGGGAUCAGAACAGAUCUCACCCCGGACGUUUGAAGGGAACGAGCCCAAUGAUCCCGUGACCAACAUCUGCCAGGCAGCCGACAAGCAGCUCUUCACGCUGGUGGAGUGGGCCAAGCGCAUCCCCCACUUUUCGGAGCUGCCCCUCGAUGACCAGGUCAUCCUCCUCCGGGCAGGCUGGAACGAGCUGCUGAUUGCCUCAUUUUCCCACCGCUCAAUUUCGGUGAAAGACGGGAUACUCCUGGCCACGGGGCUGCACGUUCAUCGCAACAGCGCCCACAGCGCCGGCGUGGGGGCCAUUUUUGACAGGGUGCUAACCGAGCUGGUGUCGAAGAUGCGUGAUAUGCGGAUGGACAAGACGGAGCUGGGCUGCCUCCGGGCCAUCAUCCUCUUCAACCCGGAUGCGAAGGGGCUGUCUAACCCAGGAGAGGUGGAGCUGCUGCGCGAGAAGGUCUACGCCUCUCUGGAGUCCUACUGCAAACAGAAGUACCCCGAGCAGCAGGGCAGGUUUGCCAAGCUGCUCCUCCGUCUUCCUGCCCUGCGCUCCAUUGGGCUGAAGUGCUUGGAGCACCUCUUCUUCUUCAAGCUCAUCGGAGACACCCCCAUUGACACCUUUCUCAUGGAGAUGCUGGAGGCCCCACACCAGAUGUCCUGACCUUCCUCCCACCGCUGCCACCGCCAAGAGCAACACUCCUGCCGAGAGGACGGGGGUGCGGAGCGCAUUCUCGUUUGGGGACACUACAGGGACGUGACCGAGGGAGCGGGGGGCCGGACGUGGCGCCAUCCAUCUGCCUCCCUUCUUGUGACGCUACUGGCUGUCCCAUCAGCCGCCUCCCACGCCAGCCACGCCCAGAAGAUGGCAAAGGGUCAGCGGGGGAGGGCCUGUUGGCUUCCUUGGUGACUGCAACGGCCUUGCACAGAACGUGUGUGUGGGGGGGGAUCCUUUUCUGGCCCGCUUUCCCUGAUGCGCUCUUGAGCUGUGGGAGGUGAUGGUUUGAAGGGGGAGGGGGUACGUCGCCUCACCCCAUCCUUGAUUGGGGGGGACUGGCCUGCCCCCCUGGACGUGGCUCAAAAAUCAGGUUAAAAGACAAGGUACUAUGUUUCAGGGGCUGCCUUCUCUUUCUUGUGGGUCACAGGCUCUCCUGCAUCCCCUUUGUGCUCGGGGCUGAGAAGGGGGAGUUCCCAGGACAGUGUUUUGGAAUUAUCUCCCCCCCUUUUUUUUUUUUGACACUGAUACAAGUAGCCAGGCUGCCGUUCUGUGCUUGUGGGAUUGGGGGGGGGUGGACUUGUGGAGGCAGCUCCCUGACCCAAAAGAGGAGCCUGGAUUCCUGUGACCCUCACUUUAGAAAAUGUGUGGGGUGCGCCAUAAUCUUGCCCUGCCCCCACUGAUACUUGCUCCCUCUUUCCACCUGAGCCCAAACUAGGCUUUUAAGAAAUGGAUUUUAAGGUAUUUGCGGCAUGCCAGGCUUUAGGGGAAGGGGGCGAGUUUCUCCCUCAAUAAUGGCUAUGAAAUGGUUUCCUGGGCUCUCGUCCGUCCCCCUCACAGCCGCCGUUCCUCCCCCUUUCUGUUUUAGCACUUUGAGCCUGCCCCCCCCCCGCGCCUUCCUCAUCUAUGCAAGGAGGUGUGGAGUUUGGGGAGGGAGGGGGUGGAGGACAGAGGGGGCCUGUGUGCGCAUGUGCUCCAGCCCCAAAGUGAGGAGGGUCCUGAUUUGCAGCUUCCUCUCUCCUCCAGAACGUCAAGGGGGGGAGGAACGAUAGGCCGCUGCAGGCCCUGCGAGGCUAUAGCAAUAAAGCGCUGUGGGGCGGGGCAAGGGGGCUGCUGUGUUGCACCUGCCCCUCAUCCAAGAAUCUGGGCUGCUUGAGGUCAUUUGAGGGGGGGAGGCGAUGCCUGGUGAGUAGAGCAAGCCCCCCACUCUGUCCCUCCCCCCUUUCCCUUUGGGUGUCCUGCUCUGUGUGGGGGAGGCAAGGCCGGAGGGGGAUCCACUGGAGUGGGAGUGGAGGCAACACGCACACUGCUUCCCCCAGCAUGCCCAUGUUCAUUCACUCCCCCCCACACGCACACUCCCCAUUUAUUUUGUUUCUCACCCACUCCCCCCGCCUCGCCCUCGAUCUCUGCUUUGGAAUAUGAUGAUUUAAUAAAAGCUGCUCUUUCCGGAGGAGAGCACCCCCCCUUCUCUCUCUCUCUCUCUCUCUCUCUCUCUCUCUCUCUCCCUCCCUCCCUCCCUCCCUCCCUCCCCACACCUUCCUCCUGUUUAAACCAGGGCUUACCUGAGGUUUUCGGUAUGAUCCGGGGAAAUUAACAGCAGUGCCUCUAGGUGUGCACUGACGGCUGGGGGGGGGGUCAGCAGAGCAGCCCAGAUGUUGAGAGGUCUUGAGUGCAAGUGUGUGUCCCCUGCCUGUUUACCAGGAUCUCCAGGUAGGGCUGGAAGAGAGCCUUGAAGAGCGGCUGCCAGUCAGUGUAGGAGCUGCACAGCUAGAUGGAGCCCAGUGGGAAGUCUCUUGACUCUCUUGGUGCACUUCCACCCACUGCCAGUAGAGGGCAGUAGUGCCGCAUGAGCGAGUGUCAUCUCCCCUCCCACUUUUGGCACCCUGCUCUGCCCCCCUCCCCCAAGGGUGUCACCUCCCCCCCCCAAAAAAAGACUUGUCCCCCCAUUCCUGGCUCUAAAGCACCCCUGGGUGAUCCUCUCAUUCACAUCCACUAUACUUUUUUCAGUGGGGUGGUAUGUGAAACUCUGCACUCCUCUCACUUCUUGUCCUCUGUCUGACUCCCCCCCCCAAAAAAAAUAGCUGAUGGCAAUACAUUGGCAGCUGUUUCAAGUUCCCUUUGCCACCCCCCUCCAGUCUCUAUGGGGCAGACUGUGGGUCCCCCUUCUUUACAAUAGCCCUCUUGUCCCCCCCUCCUCUCCCUUAGGUGGGCUUUCACGAGAAAGUUUGGCUAGUCCUCUGGGAGGAGUAGUUCCUCUGAGCAUGUACAGAGUGCCUUUUGCAUUUGCUGCUGAGUUAACUGCAACCCAUCCCUCAGAUUUAAGGGAUGGGGGCUCCUGCCCCCUCCCAAACACUCGGUAGCUCACUGAUUUCUAUGCCCAGUUGGAGGGUCCCAUUUAAAUGGUAAUGGGCUGUAGCAGAGACAUCACCCCCCUUUUCUCCUCUGUUCCCCAUCUCUGCCAGUUGGAGGGGGGUUGCUUUCAUUUCUGCAGAACAGCCUCUUUUUUCUCUCCCUCCCCCUGGGAAAUUCUUUACAUACCAUAAACCUGGUAAGGAUGGAUAAAACCAGUCCACUCCCCCCCCCCAAAGACGUCAACAGGAAGCAUCCAGUCUAAAUAUGCAAAGCCUCCCCCCCCCCAGUUUUAUUUUAAAUGCAAAAGCAUUUUAAGCCUGGCUGCUCUGUUGUGGCACAAUUCAUCUUCUCUCCCUUGGGGGGGGGGGCUUGGAAUCAUGGCCUGGGCUGACCCCCCCCAUGCCCUCUGUGCUGCAUCUGCCCCCCAGGCUUCAUCCUGGGCAUGAAUGGGGCUCAGUCCCUCCCAGGCUGGUGUUUUCACAGGCCAGGCUGAAAGCCGACCGCCACGAACUGCACAAAGGGGGGCCUGUUCCCCCUUCAAUGGGUCCUUGUCCUGCCCCCUCACCUGGCGGCCCCGGCAAGCCACGCAGACCCUGGCAGGCAGGCGCGGAGGAGGGAAGAGGAGCAAUGGUAGCUGCAGGGGCCCCCUCUCAAUGGAGGUAGCCCCACAAGGGAAAAGGCAGCCUUUGCCGGAGGGAAGCACUGAUGCCACUCCUCCCUCACUCUGCAUGCACAGACACACACACACACAGAGCUGCUCAGUUCCCUCCUAAGGUUGGCUCCCAGCCCCGGCAAAUAUCACAUACAUCACCUUAGCCUCUGAACAUGGGCAGAGUGUCGGCACACUUGCGGGCAGUUGCCUUUGUUUUAACAUUUUCAUUUUUGUCAAGCAAGUUUAUAAAUACCAGACUAAGUUCGGUCUUUCAAGGAGGCAUCUUGGGAAGGCUGAGCCCCUGCACAUCUCUCCUCCCCCCCCCCCCCGAGUGUCCAUAGGAGCCCGGCUGAAUCCCUCCUGCUUUGCUGUGCGACGGCUUCUCUGUGGCCUCUGGCUCACACCACGCCUGGUGCCAAGAAUAGCCCCGGCACUUGGCCACAUCCCGGCAGGACAUUCCUGCCUGCCAGUCUUGGCCACCCUGGGACGCCACCCACGUGCGUGGGAGGAAGGGGGGCACUGAAGUGAGGGGGCUCUUGAUAGCCGCCUCCACGAACGGGUGUCUAACCCACUUGAAAGCCAUCCAAGUUGGUGGCCGUUACUGCCACUUCGAGGAGCAAAUUCCUUUCUCUGGAAUCUCCAUCCAGCUUCAUCAGAAGUGCCCCAUUGAAUUCUAGGAUUGUGAGAUAUGGAGAGAAACCUUUUCCUGUGCUCUUCCGCACCUCUCUCACGUCCUCCCUCCAAACGCCCCACCCGCCCACACCCCAGUUAUACGGACCAUCUGGAAUGGGGAGGGUCCAAGAACUGGACUCUCAUCAGAACCGAUGGAACUAGCCUGGAUCAUCACUGUCCCUCCCGCUGCAUAACACCCAGUUGCCGACACCCCAUAAGAGCCUGGGGGUGUCCUUGCUGCUAACUGAGAUGUGUCCCAUCUAACCCAGCACCCGGUUCCCAAGAGGGGAUGUCCUAGGAAGGCCACAGGCCAAAUGUGGCUUGUACGACCCCAGCAUCUGGCAGCCAGAGAGAGGGUUCUUCUAAACCAGAAUGACCUCUUUAGCCACUACAGCAGGGCCCCACUUUACCGUGCUUCGCUAAU